AUGGACGAAGACGAUCCCUCCACGGCAAUCGACCCCGAAAUGGCAGCCUUCAUGGGCUUCGCCUCCUUCGGAACCCAGCCCGCCGCCAAGAAGCGCAAAUACAACCACCGCACCGACGCCGUCUCCUCCGCCGGCGCCCACCCGGCUCGUAACUCCGUCCCCGCCGCGAACGGCGCGAAUCAGACCGCCCUCGCCGCCCGCGCUCCACGCGCCCCCCCACCGUCGACCGAGACUGUUGCCGUUGCGCCCGCUACCAACGUCAACGAGAUAGCCCUUGAUGACGAUGACGAAGACGGUGGCGAUGAGAACGUCACCGCCGCCGGAGAAGACGAGGACAUGGAAAAUGGCGGCGCGAAUCUUUACUCGGACUCGACCAUCGCCCCCGCGCUCGCCCAUGCGCAAAGUCUGAUAGAUGAAUUGGCCAACCGCGGCGGUCGCGACGGCACGGCAACAGAAGAUGGAAUCUCAGUCCCGCAAGCGCAGGGAACAACCUCCUCUUUUCCAACUUCAUCAACAACCCUGCCCCAGCGGCCCGACGCGUCGUGGGGCAAGGAGGUGGGCUCCGCUCCGACGACAAUGCCGACGAGGGAACGCCCGGCGCAGCAUCGCGGUCAUCAGGGGUACCAACAGCAACAGAGGAACGAUGGCAAGCCUUGGUGGGAGGGGUAUUAUGACCCGGCAUCGAACGAAAACCCGUGGGAGCGGCUUGAGAAGAAAGCUGGUGUCCAGUCGAGGGGGGCUUGGGUAUCGAGGGGAUCUCAAGCUCAGACGGCUUGA